ACACACGGCCGAUCCUUUACAUUUUUCGAUACGCUGCAGACGGUAAUCAUCGGCACGUAGCUGCUGCUAUUUGCCCCUUUUUCCGGGAUUAUUCAUCGGUGUUCCUGUGUACGCCCCCAGAACCAACAAUCAUGGCCUCGAUCACUUGGUUAUGCGUGAUUACGGUGUUGCUCUUAAGCGUCUUAGGUAGUUUCGGGGCGUCCCAACAUCUGCGCACCAUCAAUGUGGACGGUGCGUAUGGAAAAUGGAAUGCAUCGAGUAUUCCCUACUGCAUCGACGCCGAUUACUCCCCGACAGAAAGGUCAACAAUUCAGCAGGCCAUCCAGAUCAUGAUGGAUGCACUGUCCGGUAAACUGAUAUUUACUCCCGUGGACUGCACGGAUAGCCGUUACAAGAUACGCUUUACGGCGCUGACCGGAGGACCAGGCAGCGCCAACCGCAUCUCCUCGUCCAGUGAUCCUGGUGUUAAUUCAGCCCAGCAGAGGGCGUCCCAGACCGAGCAAGUGGUGGCCAUUGCCCGUGACAGUCUGGGCUGCUCCACCGAUGUGCACUGUGCCCUCAAGUUCAUCGCCAUCUGUCUGGGCAAACGGGAGGAACAGCUGCGCAAGGAUCGCGACCAGUAUAUUACCGUCACGCUCAGCAACGCCGUUACACCGAGUCAGUUCACUACUUACCUGGACACCCAGGCGUAUAUUGGCCGAUUCGGCUACGACUACUGCAGCAUAACGCAUAACCAGCCGACCGAUUACGCCAAACCCGGCACGGUGGUCUUCACCGUCCCUGCGGGCAAGCCAAACAGUCCGGGCUGUAUCCCCAAACUCAGCAAUAUCAGCAACACCGACUGCCAGCUCAUCAGUUUGUUGUACGGGCUCGACGCGACUUUAUGCAAGCCGUUAAACUGCGCCGCACAAUCCUGCGUGACGACCACCACGACCACGACGACAACCACGCCCACCACACCGACGACCACCACUGCCUUGACAACCACCGGGGCAUCCACCGACAGCACAACGUCCACAACACCAACAACACCAACGACAACACCAACGACCGGCACGACAACGGCUAUGACCUGUCCAACGGCGGCGACGGUUCCAACAACAACCCCGCCCCCGACAUGUUCCGUUGACUUCUGCGCCACACCCACUCCGACCAUCGACGAGGCGAGCAUUCUCUGGAACGACAAGUAUUACAUGUUUUCCGGUGACUGCGCCGUACAGAUCGACGAUCAUAACAAAAUCAUCGGCACGUCGGUGCCGGUCAGCUAUGUCCUGCCCGGAGUCUCCGGUCCCGUGAGAUCCAUCUGGACGGACCUAAAAUAUAAGAUCACGCGUGUCGUCACCGACACAACACAGUACAACUGUUAUGCCGCCGGGUGUUUUCCCGUAUCGCCGAUGGUAGACGAUAUCCGACCCCGCUGGGAGUUCAUUCGCACCGAUUCCGGCGGACUUAUGGCGACAACCAGCCCGUACACAACGUACUCCUACGACGCGGAUGUUCUGGCCUAUGCAGCGGAUGAUGACUCGGGCAAUCUGGUCGGGAUCGGGAAUUUGUGUAUACUUACCGAUCCUAACUGCAAAAUCACGCAGGGAUGGAAUGCCGUGUACAUGGUGAAAGGCACCGCUGGGAUAAACUAUGUCAACGUUAUCGGCACCGGCGACGACGGCAACCAGUACCUUAACACCAUGUUCUGGGUUGCCACCGACUACUUUGCCUAUUUAUCGAAUGGUGAUCUGCUCUCCAAAGCCCUCCAGUGCCCCAGCCCGUAAGCAACCCCCAUGGCAUGCGGAGUCGGCAACCGAAAUCCAUGUACGAUCAUAUCGUAGAUGGGAUCUUUUUUCAAAAUGUGAACUGUAACUUUUGCAUUGCGACCAUACUGCACGUUUUAUAAGUGUGACAAAUUAGCCCAAUUCGGCAAAUCGUGCCAUACUAGUAAUGCAGGGAAUGAACCCCUCUUACUAACUCUGCAGGUUAAUGUUCUUAUCGUUGAUAAGACAGAUUGAAAACAGGAGUUACCUUGAAAAUACCGGCAAUAAAUUUCCAGAUUGUCUGCGCGGUCGUU